CACACAUCAGCUUUUCUGUUGAGGGUUAUGAAAAUGGUCAAUAGUGACAUGAAUGGAUUUUCCUUCAAGAAAUGCUCAGCCUUCCAGUUUGUCAAGAAGAAGGUACGGAGAUGGAUCAGGAACCCCAAGGUCACUGUGGAAAAUCAAAGUACACAUAUCAUGUAUUCACAUUCCACCUCAAUGCACACAUCUCAUGUGGAACAAGAUCUCAGAUACAUGCAGCACCCUGCUUACAGCUGCUGCCAUCUUACUCAAACACGAAACACAGAGGAACAGGCGUGCAUUAUGGACAAAGGAAAAAGUUGCAAUAUAAGAAAAUGGAAGAAGAUGAACAAACAUCAUACAGACAUUAAACAGAAAGCGCAUUCAAGGCAUCGAGAUAUAGAAGUGCAUUCGAGUUCUCCGUGGCCGAUGAGAAAUGCACUGUUCUUUGUCCACCCGGUCAUGGUGGAAUGCUGCAUCUGCAAUGCCCCAUUCAUCACCUACAGAACCCAGGAUAUAUGGGAAACAAUGGACAGAGCACAGGCUAUGGACCUUUACAACCCAGUAAACCCACCCAGAGAGAGAAGUUACUGCUGUGCUAAUGACCCAGCUUUUAUGAAACAAAGAAGAUUGGGUAUGAAUGACUUUAUUCAGAAACUUGCCACAAACUCCUACCCUUGCAAGCACUCAGAGGUCCAGUCUAUUCUUAAUCUCAACCCACCACAAGAACCCGAACUCAUGAAUGACAAUCCAUCACCUCCGCCCAGCCCUUCUCAGCAGAUCAACCUUGGGCCAUCCUCCAACCCCCAAGCUAAACCAUCUGACUUCAACUUCUUAAAAGUCAUUGGCAAGGGCAGCUUUGGAAAGGUUCUUCUAGCAAGGCACAAGAUUGAUGAGAAAUUCUAUGCAGUUAAGGUCUUGCAGAAGAAAGCAAUCCUUAAGAAAAAAGAGGAGAAGCACAUCAUGUCAGAGCGUAAUGUCCUUCUAAAGAACGUGAAACACCCUUUCCUGGUUGGGCUCCACUAUUCCUUCCAGACAGCAGACAAACUGUACUUUGUCUUGGACUAUAUCAAUGGAGGAGAGCUGUUUUAUCACCUCCAGAGAGAACGCUGCUUCCUGGAGCCCAGAGCCCGGUUUUACACUGCUGAGAUUGCUAGUGCACUUGGCUACCUGCACUCUUUAAACAUUGUUUAUAGAGACUUGAAGCCUGAAAACAUACUGCUUGAUUCUCAGGGACACAUUGUGUUGACAGACUUUGGCCUGUGUAAGGAAAAUAUUGAACCCAACGGAACCACAUCUACAUUCUGCGGCACACCAGAGUAUUUGGCACCUGAAGUUUUGCACAAGCAGCCCUAUGACCGAACAGUUGACUGGUGGUGCCUGGGUGCAGUACUCUAUGAGAUGCUGUAUGGACUGCCUCCGUUCUAUAGCCGGAACACUGCUGAGAUGUACGACAACAUUCUGAAUAAGCCCCUGCAGCUGAAACCAAACAUCUCCAACUCGGCCAGACAACUUUUGGAAGGUCUCCUGCAGAAAGACCGGACCAAGCGAAUUGGUGCAAAAGAUGACUUUAUGGAACUCAAGAACCACGUGUUCUUCUCACAAAUGAGCUGGGAUGAUCUGAAUGCUAAGAAGCUCACGCCUCCUUUCAACCCCAACGUGACCGGCCCAAGUGAUUUGCGGCACUUCGAUCCAGAGUUCACAGAUGAGCCUGUCCCCAGCUCGAUUGGUCAAUCUCCAGACAGCGCCCUUAUUACUGCUAGCACCAAAGAGUCGGCAGAAGCGUUUCUGGGAUUCUCCUAUGCUCCAUCUAUGGACUCUUACCUGUAAACAAACAAAUUUUAAUUGAACUUACCUGAAACUGAUGGAUUGGUCUUGCUUCAAGCCCACCCGGUAGAAGAAAUUUUGCACAUCUUUUGAGGCAGCUUUGUGGCCUUCAGUUUGGCUGGAAGAAGAUUUCAAAGAGCAGCAGUUUCUUCUUUGGACCCAAGAUAAUGGGUGCUAUCUGCCUGUGAAGUGUAAUCGUCACAGAGGAACUGUGCGGUGUCAUGCACCAGGGAAAUCUGUUAACGGUGAGCUUUUGGGGGAAUUUGAGUGUUGCAUCUGCUGUGUGCCUUUUUUCCUGACAAGGUAAAUUUUGUCUUGAUCUGAAAUCUGUGUUCUGCAGAGUGAGUUGUCUGCUUUUUGGAUUGAAUUAGUUCUAUCCAAUGCAAACAAGGUAUGAAUGUGGCAGGUCGACAAGAUCAUUGUGUUCACUGGCUUGAACAUCAGACUGACUGUUAAUGGGCCAGCACUGCGAAGUGGGGCAUUGUUUGCUUAUUCCAAAUUUGAAAUAUGAGAAAUUGCUGUAGAUUAAUUGUUUUAAAGCCUUAGAUGAGCAGCUGAUCCUGAAAUAAAAUUGCUAACAAUCUACAAAUUGCUUGAAAAAACCAUUGCUGCUAAAUGUAAUAUUUCUGUAGUAUAUAAAUAUAUGUUCCUGGACCAAAAAUAUAAUAAAAUGCCCCAUCUGCAGUCUGUCUCAUCCUGUCUUUCACUGCCUUUAUAUAUGUAUGAAUAUGUUGUGAAAUGGGCAUUAACUAUAGUUUGUCUACAUUUGACAUUCCAUGUAAUAUUACAUUGUACAUGUAUAUAAGUUAAUCUGUACAUUUGGAGUCUCUGUACUAGUAACAUUAUCUAUUUAAAAAGUGUAAGGAAGCUUGCAAAUAACUGUAUGUUCCAAUGCAGUGUACUGUAAUUUUAAUGUUAUUUUUUUAAAGAAAUGUAUCAUUUGUGACCAGAGGUUUGCAAUAAAUGUGAAUACCUUUUUAAAGUUU